GCGAUACUUAAAGUUGCCUUAGUCCGUACAAUGGCGAGCUCGCGUCAAGUCGUUCUCAGGGCUGUCCUAGCGAGCCUUAGCGUGCUGAGCGCUCGGGGGGCAUCGGGGCCAGGAAACUACACAUUCCCUGACGGAUUCAUGUUCGGGGUUGCUACUGCUGCGUACCAGAUAGAAGGAGCCUGGAAUGAAGAUGGUAAGGGUGAAAGUAUGUGGGACACGUACGUGCACGCGCAUCCAGAGUACACGCCGGAUCGCUCCACCGGGGACGUGGCAACGGAUUCUUAUCACAAGUAUAUGGAUGAUGUCGCCAUGGUAAAGGAAUUGGGUGUUGACUACUACAGGAUGUCCAUUUCAUGGCCAAGGUUGCUUCCGAAUGGCACUGACAAUAAUAUUAACAAAGCUGCGGUUAGAUAUUAUCGGAAGGUGAUAAAGGAAUUGAUCAAAGCCAAGAUAAUACCUGUUGUGACAUUGUUCCACUGGGACUUACCUACCCCUCUUAUGGAUCUGGGCGGUUGGGCAAAUCCACAAAUGGUGAAUUACUUUAGAGAUUACGCACGAGUGGUGUUUAAUCUGUUUGGCGACGUGGUGAAGACAUGGACUACUAUGAACGAACUACACCAACAUUGCAUUUAUGGCUACGGUGGCGAAUAUUUUGUUCCUGUUUUAAAAUCUCACGGAGUGGGCGAAUAUUUAUGUGUCCAUUACAUGCUGCUGGGCCACGCUGCCGCAUACCAUCUGUACGACAAAGAGUUUAGACCAACACAAAAAGGAAAAAUUGGCCUGACUCUGGACGCAUUUUGGGCUGAACCGAAAAACAGCAGUAAUCCAGAUGACAUCGAAGCCGCUGAAAGAUAUCUUCAGAUGCACCUAGGUACCUUCGCGCACCCAAUCUUCUCUAAGCAGGGUGAUUAUCCGGAGGUGGUACGCAACAGAGUGGAUAAAUUGAGUCUGCAGCAAGGAUAUACAAGAUCUCGAUUGCCAUAUUUCACGCCUGAAGAGAUAAUUUCGCUGAGAGGUAGCUCUGACUUCUUUGGACUGAAUCAUUAUACGAGCUUCCUCAUGUCUCCGUCCAAUUUUGAGGAGACGUGGGCAAUACCUUCAAUGGAUUCUGAUACGGGUGUCAAAUUAGAACAAGAUCCAAAAUGGCCAAAACCAGGAUCUGAUUGGUUCUCGGUAUAUCCUCCUGGUUUUCGGAAAAUCAUUAACUGGAUAACCCAUGAGUACGGAAAGGAAAUUCCGAUCAUCAUUACCGAAAAUGGUUUAACCGACUUUGGAGGCGUCAAAGACUACGCGAGAGUAGACUAUUUCAACGAAUACUUAUCCCAAAUGCUGCAAGCAAUGUACGCCGAUGGCUGUAACAUACAGGGCUAUUUUGCGUGGACAUUGAUGGACGACUUCGAAUGGAAAGAUGGUUACACAUCAAAAUUUGGUCUGUACCAUGUAGACUUCGACAGCGAAGAAAAAACCAGGACACCAAAACUCUCGGCGAUUAACUAUCGAGAAAUAGUGCGAACCAAAAAAAUCAAUUUCAAUUUUAUAAAAAAUCCAACCUCAUCUACCCAUUCUAAUAAAUUAUAAGAUAUUUAGGUACUAAUCAUAUGAUUAAAUUGGUUACAUGGCAUGGGGACCUCAAUAUUCUGAUUGUCCUUUAAAUUUAACUCAAGGAGGUACCUAAGGUGUGAUGCGUUGAAAUAUUGUAUAAUAAAUGCUCGGUAGUCUGCUCUUCCUGGCCACACUCGCAGAGUGGAGGAUCUUUUCAAUCCCGUUUAUAUGUAUGUUAGGGAAUUUCAACGGCCUAGUUUCUAGUCUGUCGCUUAAAUAGGCGACUUAAAGGUUUUUGUCGCGUCGAUUACAUAGUAUUGUGCCUUGUAGUAGCGAACCACUCCACAUUCCUUUAUAUGUAUCAAAUAUAAGAUUAAGUUAAUAAAUAUUAGGUACAUUAAGAAUUGUAAUUAAUUUUUAUUAAGUAAAGGUAUUACACACAUAUGAGUA